AUGUCUACAGGUGUUGGUCAAAAUAUAUCAAAUGCUCAGUUAUAUCCCCUGCAACCCAACAAUACGAUUGUUAAAUUAGAAGAUCCUAACGUCUUCGCAUUAAAAGUUGAAAGUCCUUCCACACCCUCCGAUAAGGUUGUCUUUCCUCCUGAAUUUAAUCAGCAGCAACAAAGAACUUCCUCUCCAUCAAAUUCCAACGAGAACAAUGCUAACAAUGGUUUCGCCUGUGAAGUCUGCGGGAAAGUUUGUGAAAGUCGAUUCCUGUUAACCAAACACAAAGUAUCUCAUCAACCCCGUGAUAGACUUUGUCCUACAUGUGGUCGAGCCUUCGCGCGUGAUGAUAAACUCAGGCGUCAUGUUAUGAGCGUUCAUUCGUCAGAAAGACCACAUGUUUGCGAAAUGUGUGGAAAGGGUUUUGCAAGAAAAGAUAAACUCCAAGAGCAUGCAAGGCACCACAAUAAGAACAUAACAUUUCCAUGUACCGCUUGUGAAGAGAAUUUCAAUAUGCGCUCUAAGUUAAACAAACAUCUUCGGGAGGUCCACAAUAUUCGACAAUCCACUCGAUUAUCUAAGGAGUCUGGCAAAGCUUUGUGUAAGAAAAAGAAGGCACGGAAUUCCGAAUCCUUAACCCAGGCCACUGUCGCUCCAGUAAAUAAUUUGACGACGGGUAUUUUUCAAAAUCCUUCAAAUUUUCUCUGGUGUCAACGACAACCCCAGAAUACUUCUAGUACCAGUGCCUUCGAUUUCUGGAAUGCUCAAAAUCAUGCUCAAUUAUACACUCAGCAAUACGGUUAUAACCAUCUUUACUAUGCUGCAGCCGCUAUGAGACAAAAUCCACAACAAUCAAGUGCCUUAGCCGCUCAUAUGUUCUCUCAGGCAGCCGCUUCAAAUCCAACUCUUUUGCAGGCAGCAGCGUCGGGUUAUUGGCCUACAAAUUUCGGAACAGCGGCAACUGCUCAUUCAUCCACCACUACAGAUGCUCAACUAGCAUCGGUUAUGUCUAGCGGGUCAUCACAACAAGUAACUCAACAGGUUACGUUUAAUAACGGGAACUAUUCAAAUAAUACAAAUACAUCAAGCUCUUAUCAAACUCCAGGGAACUACUAUAAUGCGGCAUCGUUGGCAGCAAGACUCGGACAGAGUACUUCUUCGGCGGUUAUGGCCCCCAGACGUCUCUCUAAACGGACUUCGUCAAACGUCUUGCUUGGUGUUGCGGAGGAACUUGAAAGGCGCUCGGGACUGCGAAGUUUGGAUUCUAGACUGAAGCCAAUGAACCCAACAACUGCAGCAAAAGGGAGUGCAAUAUAG